GAUUCUACUAUUCAAAAUAAGGGUGAGAAAUAAAUAAACACCCAGAAGAUGGAUCUCAAGGCUUCGUCUUCUCUCCUCUGUCUCGCCAUCUUAUUCGGUGUUUCUUCCAUUGUAUCAGCAGUUAACAUAACCCGAGCACUCGAGAAAUACCCUGAAUUCAGCACCAUGGUUGAGCUUUUCGGCAAGACCGAGCUCACCCCUAUUAUCAACAAACGUCAGACAAUCACCGUGCUAGCUCUCAGCAACGAUGCUAUCGGUUCCAUCUCUGGUAGACCUGAGGAGGAGCUCAAGAACGUUCUUAUGAAUCAUGUAGUUCUUGACUACUUUGAUGAGCUCAAGCUCAAGGCUCUAAAGGACAGGAGCACAUUGCUCACUACCCUUUACCAAUCUACCGGUUUGGGCCAGCAGCAAAACGGUUUCCUCAACUGCACCAAAACUAACGGAAAGAUUUACUUUGGGUCUGGUGUGAAAGGCGCUCCUCAAACCGCUGAAUACAUCACUACCGUGUUCCGCAACCCGUACAAUCUCUCUGUGAUCCAAAUCAGCAUGCCCAUUGUGGCUCCUGGACUCGGAUCUCCGGUUCAGGUUCCUCCACCACCACCCAUGACACCACCACCGUCUCCAUCUCCCAAGAAGGCUGCAGCCACUCCAGCUCCUGGACCAGCCGAGGAGGAGGAUUACGCAGAUUCUCCUCCUGGCGCAGCUCCAGAAACCGCACCUGCAUCAGCCCCAUCAGAAGAUGGUUCUCCUGCUCCGGCUCCAGGGAAUGCUGGUAAGAAGAAAAUGGCAGCAGCUGAUGAAGUUGAACCACCUACUUCUGCUUCUAACACAGGUUUGAGUUUUGGUGCCGUUCUCGUUCUCGGGUUGGUGGCUAGUUUUGCUGGGUUCUAAAAUGGGUUAAGAGUUAAGACAGAGCAGAGUCGAGGACAGUUACCUGAAUAUUGGAAUCGACCAUGGUGAUAUGAAGUGGAUCAAUACUUAACAAAUUCUACUCACAUUAAUAAACCUCAAAAUCAUUUAUCAUUAGGGAAUUAAAGUGUGAUGUUCAACAAUGUGAAAUUUUUACUGAGAUAUUGUAACCUAUGUGUGUUUAUCUUCAUUCAUCAAUUCAACGUGUUACAUUCGAACAA